AGUAUAAUUUCUCCAGAUCGAAUCCAUAGCAAAUCCUCCCUCCACAAUGUCUAUGCUUCUCGGCCCUCCGGAAGUCCACACCACCACUUCUUCCGCCGCCGCGCCACCGGAGUCUGAUGUGGCCGACUCCUUCAUGCAUCUGAUGCUGAAAAAAUUCAACUCCGCCGGCAAAUGUGUCAUCGGAAAGCCGGUGAUGGGGAAGACGGCGAACCAAUCGCACACCUACCUCUCCACCGGAAAUCCAUGCUUAGACUUCUUCUUUCACGUGGUCCCGGACACACCCGCUAAGAACGAAAAAGCCAGCUAUGGCAUGUACAUGGAUCAGAAUCAUCGCACGAUCGAAGAUAUGCUUCAAAGGUCGUGGAGUCACAAUCCCUUGACGACGCUCAAACUCAUCUGUAAUCUCCGGGGAGUCGGCGGCACCGGGAAAUCGGACAAGGAAGCAUUCUACGCGUCCGCGUUGUGGCUUCACUCGCACCACCCCAAAUCCCUAGCUUGCAAUUUGGGGGAAAUUGCGAGAUUCGGGUACCUCAAGGACUUCCUGGAGAUUCUCUACCGUAUACUCGAAGGCGGAGACGUUCGCAAGCGUCAAAAGGAGCAGUUAGAGUGGCAGAGGGAAAUGAAGAACGUCAAGUACAUACGUUUUCGCGGGAAGAAGAAGAAGCUUAACAAGAAGCAACAGAAGAAGAAGAGGAUGCUUUUGACGGAGGACCAAAAGGAAGCAAAGAAAUUGACGAUCCAGAAUAGGAUGGAAGAGGAGAAGGCGAAUGCGAAGUUCAAACGGGAAUCGAAGAGGAUCGAGAAGGCUAAAAAGGUUAUCGAGAGAUACAAACGCGACGCGGAUUUCAGAUACUUCCACGAUCGAGUCUCAGAUCUCUUCGCGCAGUUUCUUAAGAGGGAUUUGGAAACCCUAAAACAGGGGUCUUCUCCGAACCUCCUCAGCCAGGCCGCGAUGUGGUGCCCUUCACUCGACUCAUCCUUCGAUAGGUCCACUCUGUUAUGCGAAAGCAUUGCCAGAAAGCUUUUCCCUAAAGAAAACCACCAUGAAUAUCAGGGAAUUGAGGAUUCACAGUACGCCUACCGCGUGAGGGAUCGUUUGAGGAAGGAAGUCCUCGUCCCUCUCCGUGAUGCUCUCAAAUCGCCGGAGGUCUCAAAAGAUUGGGGCAUUCUCCUCCCCCACCAGAUCGUUGAAUCACUGUCUGAUGACGACGGAGGUGCGCUUGCGGAUUCAAGGUGGAACCGAAUGGUGAAUGGCUUGAGCAACAACGGAGAAAAGAAGAUGAAGAACUGUCUCGCAGUAUGCGAUGUGUCGGAGUCCAUGGAGGGGGCUCCGUUACAGGCGUGUUUGGCUCUCGGCCUCCUAGUCUCGGAAUUGAGCGAGGAGCCAUGGAAGGGGAAGCUGAUCACCUUCAGUGAUCAACCACGGCUUCACACCAUCAAGGGCAACAACCUUCUAUCCAAGGUAGACUUCGUGAAAAAUAUGAAACUAGUCCGGACCAAAGAUUUCCAGAAGGUGAUUGACAUGAUCCUGGAAGUGGCUGUGAACGGAAAUCUGAGAGAGGACCAGAUGAUAAAGAGGCUGUUUGUGUUCAGCGACAUGGAGUUCGACGAAACGCCAUCGUUUACCCCGCAGACGGAUUACCAGGCGAUUGAGAGGAAGUUCAGGGAGAAGGGGUACUGGAACUGUGUGCCGGAGAUUGUAUUCUGGAACUUGAAAGACUCAAAAUCGACGCCAGUUUUGGGGAAUCAGAAAGGGGUGGCUUUGGUUAGUGGGCAUUCACAAAGGGUGAUGAAGGUGUUUCUGGAUAAAGAGGUCAUUACACAUCCUCUUGCAGUCACGGAGUUUGCCAUUUCAGGAGAUGAGUACCAAAAUCUCGCGGUGAUUGAUUAACUGAACAAGAACAUCCGAUUAUGGGUUUUGGUGAAAUACGUAGUAUGAAACAAACAGAAUUUCAGAGACAUGUUUUGGUUAAUAGUAUAAAGCAUUUUCUUCCUACCUUUCGGUUACUCAUGAUUCAUGAACAAAAGGGCAUAUUCAUAUCAUGAUUAUCAUCAUAUGUUUUGCUUAUUAGAUUGUAGCGGAUUUAAUGUAGUUUCUGAAUAUGUAAAUUUAAUUUACUAAAAAUAAUCUGAGUGUGAACAGGAAUGAAAUCGCUUUAUCGUCA